CGAGACAGUAGCAGGAAGCAAGUUUAGCACUCAUAGGAAAAUCAAACUUCAGGGUGCCUUCUGGGACAGCCAGCUGGCUCUCAGGGGGCUCCAUAGCACUCAGCCUGGGGAAGAGACCGCUAGCCCAGUCCAGAUCCCACUGUAGAUAAAGAGUUACAUUUGUAUCAGUUCCAGAUUCCAUUCGAACUUCUUACUAAAGAACCACCAGGUAAGCCUUGCUCUCACCUUGUCCAAUGGUGACUUCUAACUGACAGAUUGCACGGUGUGCUUUGACUUUGAUGGGUAAAUAUCUGACUUUUCUCUGUGAUUGGUAUUGUUUGGAUUUAAUGUGGAGAAUACACUCCAGUGUGCCUGGCACCAGUGAUCACUUACCUUCAAUGCAUAAUAAUGUGGUGAAUCAUGUAUAUUAAUGUUAGCAGCGGAGGUUCCUUGUUUUCGAAUAUUUGGUUCGUUCAUAACAAAGGAAAUAACAAAUUAUGAAUAAACCAAUUAAACAGUUCAUUAUGAUGCGUAAAGAUGUAUUCAUUGAGAAAACGUGGAGAAGUUUAGGGAUCAGAUGGGUACCUGUCUGUAGAUUUAUAUUUCACCUGCGAUCUGGUCAGAUACUACCUGAUGGAUUCUCUAGAGGAUGAGAAACAAUCCACUAUCUGGACCAAGGUUAGACUGACCCACUGCUAUCCUGGCACUGUUUACCUGUAGGUGGCAUUGAAUGGGUUAAAUCGGCAGCGGAUUUUUAAAGAUAUACUACGGUCAUAGGUUGUGCUUAUGGUGUGAAAAGAGACAGGCAUUCCAUGUUGUAAACCGCUUAGUAAAAUGAGUGGUCAUUAGUUCACAUUGGAGAGAUUUAUCAAAAAUUAUAUUAAAAAAAAUAAAAAUGAACUGAUAGAAAAUUGGGGCGAUAUUUAAAGUUUAGCCACUAGCCUAACACACAAGUGGGAUUUAUCUUGCAGAGUUAUCUGAUCCUUUGGUGACUUAUCGAACUUUGGCACAGUGUUGUGUUAGUGACAAGUUUAUAACGCUCUCCUGUGUAAUCUGCUACAAAGUGAUUAUUAUUAUUAUUAUUAUUACAUUGAUUAUUAAUUAAAUAUGAUCACAUUGUGUUAUUAUGAUAGGUACAGCUUAAUUAUAACUAGUAUAUACUACAGAUCUCCUGAAAUGAGAGAAAGGAAUGCAGGGUAUUUUUUUUUUUUUUUUUGUAUCUCUUCUGAUAUGUUAGAAUUUGUUUGUAAAAUAAGUCACCGACAUAUACUAGAAUGUUGUACAAAUGGGAAACCACAAAGAUCUGCGAUAUAGUGAGACACAAGCAGGGUUAUUCACUAGGGCGAGAAUUUAAAGUGACUUCAGAGGGAAUUUUAAAUGUAAGGCCAAGUAGUCGAAUUGGAGCUUAGUUGACUUCAUUUUCCAUAAAUUUUCCAUUUAGGCUAAUUUCACCUUAAAUUUGAAAUUCACUUUGAAUUCUCAUUUUAGCGUGUGGAUUUUUAUGUUUUUAUUUCCUAGAGAUCACCUAAUAAAUUACAUGGUGGUAUAGUUUUAGAGUAAAGUAUUGUUAUAUAAUUUCAAAACAGAUUUGAUGAGCAGUCUAACGAUCAGAUAUGUAAUUAAAUGUACCGAAUUAGACAGGUGGCGCUAUUGAAACCCAUGUUGGCACAAUGCACGCUUCUCGAAUUAAAUUAACUUUUACUCUGUUUUAAAUUCAAACAUCAAUUAGCAGUGAUAGCAUGUUUGCUGGGGUGGACUGCUUUAACUAUGAUGUCAAACUAGAAUUACUGGCAUAAACUAAUAGAACAUAUUAUAUAUAUUUAAAAUAAUAAACACUAUGCACAGACGUUAUAAAGUAUAUGUUAAAGUGUCUGUAGUAUUUGUGUACGUGUAGUAUACCUGACCGGUGCAAUCAUCACUUUACUGCUUACAGUAAGGGGGGGUGAAGGGGAUUACAAUAAGUGCAUUAGUUAUAUGUAAGUGUAUUUUGGUUUUAUAGUACUAACAACACAGGUGUAAGUAGCACAUGGCAGUUUAUACUAUACUAGAGGGGCCAUACAGUAUGUACAGUAGUUAUAAUGUUUAUGUGGUAUUUAUCGGUUUCUUGGAUAGAAUUAGCAGGUGUACUUAGUACCUCAUAGUUUAUAGUAUACUAGUAUAGUAGAGGGGCGAUACAGUAUGCACAGUAGUUAUAAUGUUUAUGUGGUAUGUAUCCGUUUCUUGGAUAGAAUUAGAAGGUGUACUUAGUACCUUAUAGUUUAUACCAGGGAUAGGCAACCUUUGGCACUCCAGAUGUUGUGGACUACAUCCCCCAUAAUGCUCUUACACACAUAAUGCUGGCAAAGCAUCAUGGGAGGUAUAGUCCAAAACAUCUGCAGUGACAAAGGUUGCCUAUGCCUGGUUAUACUAUAGUAGAGGGGCGAUACAGUAUGUACAGUAGCCAUAAUGCUUAUGUAGUAUUGUUGGACAUAUCCCUUCAGUAUGUAUAGUUUACUUGGUGUGUACUUAGCUUUUUACAUGUUACAUAAUAGUAGACGGGAAAUAUAGUAUGUACACUAGCUAUAAUGUAUAUGCUGUAUGGAUGUGUUAGACCUUGGGGGGUACAGGUGCAGUUACAAGAGAGGUAGUGUAAGUGCAGUACGUAUAUCUGUGCAUGUAUAUCUAUUCUAUCUAUACAUUUUGCAGAUGUACUUGGCACUUUACAUAUUAUAUUAAGUAGAGACGAUAUACAGUACUGCAGUAGGUAUUCAAAGGAUUAUAUAGAGGAACACUAUGUAUCUGUAUGCUAAUGGGGAUUAUCUGAACCCCAGCUAAAUAAAAUAUAACUGGCAGCGGGAGGUAUACAAUUAUAAGGAGGAGAAUUUAAUCUAUUACUUUUCCACUUGAUUGUAUCACAGCCCAAAAGCGCAUUACAUGUUCCAACAGAACCAUCAUACUUAAAGGUUUUAAGACACACCUCAACUACAGGUUCAUGUAUCCAAUGUUCCUUCCAGGUCACGUGGUCUAACCCAUCCUAGGCAUUUAACACACCAAACUGCUUUGAUCUGCUUUUUCCUUGUGUUGUUGUUGUUUUUUUUUUUUUAAAUGUGAAUGCUUAAACAAUUAGCAGAAUGUGUGUCAAUUAGCAGAACUUCAAGUCUUGUUUUUGCCCCAUCUGUUUGAAAUGGCUCCCAGUUUCAUGCAUCAUGAGAUUUGAUGGUGGAGGGAGAGGGAGGACAAUCUGAUGCUUUCAGACAUAGGUAACCUCUACAAUGACACUGUCUAAGCAUGCCACGAAAGGCUUCGCCCAGCUGGCAUGGUCCCAUCACUAGGAGCUACAUGAUGAGGUUUGUGUCAUAUGUGUGUUAAGAGACAGAUGUAAGUCCAAUCACUUUAUCUUGUCCAGGGUGUGUGUGGGUGAGGUCGCACUAGAAGUUGUCUGCCGGGAGCAGUCUUCAGGUUAAUAUGUUUUUAAUCUAUAGACUCUCUGGUAUUUUUUGCCAGUGCAAUAUAGAUUGUAUCUACACUUACUUGAACGUGACCUUCUCAUCUACAAAAUUUCUGAAUGUCAGGAUCACUUUAAAGCAGAACUGUCACCCCCUUGAAAAAAAAAAAUGAAUAUUUUGAAAAGAUGGAAUCUUUAUGAAAUACUCAUUUUGACUUUGUUGGAAUUUCACUGAAAUUCGAACCCGGUCAAAAGAUAUACAGAGACAAAGUAGGGAAUGAAUAGGAGCAGACGGAGAAAGAUGGCGGUGCCCACGAGGGACAUGUUCAGGUAAGUAUAUCUCACCUUUACCUGCAAACCCCCUCAGGUCAGCAGACCCCCUGCAGCCAGUGGUGUAUUCUGGUUUUGUGCUGCCCUAGGACUGACAAAACUGAGCCCUCCCCCUUCUAAAUUUGACUUCCUGUUAAAAACCAACAUGCUCUUUGCCUAACAGACACACGCCUUCACUGAUGCAUACACUGACAUACACUCACUGACAGAUACACAGUUAUUGUUCCACACACUGUUUAACCAGCACACACUUUCACUGAAACAUACACACUCACUGACAGACACGCACACUCACAUUCACCGACAGACACAUUAACUGACAAACGCAUUCACUGACAGAUACACAUACACACUCACUGACAAGACACAUACACACAUUUACUGACAGACGCACACUCACUGACAGAUGCACACUCACUCAGUGUCAAACAAACACUCGCUCACUGACAGACACACACUGACAAACACACAUACACACUCACUGACAGACACAUAUACACUCAGUGUCAGAGACACACAUUCGCUAACUGACCUAGACAUUGACUGACAGAUACACACUCUCAGUGACAGACAUGCAUACACACACUGACAGACAUACACAUUCACUAACAGUCACAGACAUACUAACACUCACUAACAAACACACACACACUAACACACUCACCAACAGGCACACACAAUAACACACACACUCACUAACAGAUACACAUACUCUCACUAACAGACACACACACUCUCACUAUCAGACACACACACACACACACUCUCACUAUCAGACACAAACUAACAGACACACACUAACACUCUCACUAACAGACACAUGGAGUGAGUCAUAUUCCGGCUCCAGCAUCACUGCGGUGCGUGCAAGGGAACUGAACAGUGAAGAGCUCAGAGUGCUUCCUUGCCGCUUGCCUCCCACAUCAGCCAAGAGGGGGCCACCCGUCCAGCUCCUGGGCCCCCAGGACAAGAGGCUGGCAAAGCAUUUGAAAGUGCUGCCCAAGGCAAAUGCAUUGCCAGCCUUGCGGUAAAUACACCGCUGCCUGCAGCGACGUUACUGUCAGGGAUCUUUGCAAAUCCGGCAAAUUCCCGAGAUGGUGACAGUGCCACUGUAAGGGGCCUUUUAUGCAAAGAGACUGACUCUAAUUAUAGAGCAAAUAAUACUAUAUAAGUAACUUGUAUAUUUUUUAUUGCUCGCUAGAUUUAAUUAAUUUGAUACUGAUAUUUACUGAAUAGACUAAACAAAAUGUUUUACAAUGUAUUUGCAUUAAUUUUUGUUAAUUUUCUUCCCUCUUGUGGAUUACAGUUUCAAUCUUGCUCAGCCAGUGUGUGAUGGUGUUAGGGAUUGCCUAUGCUUGCUCAUAACUUGAGAUCGAUUUAUAUGAAAUCAUGACAAAAUGUUCAGGAAAUACCCGUAUAGCACAUUUCUUUACACAGAGGGUGGGAGAGAGAGAUUGUGGUAGCAGUUUACUUUGGCGUGAUGAAAUUGCCACAACACUGCUCCCAUGACGCACAUCUAAGGAUACUCUAUAGUACAAUUUCCUUUAAAAACCACUACAUACGUGUUUAUCUUAUAAAAACCUGAUUUGCAGCAGUAUUAAUCACUGAUAAGGCAUUAUGCAUAGGGCCACUGUAAAGCAACCUUUGUUAAUUCAGCUACUAUGGAGUAUAAAUCUCUUAAUGUAGGCUACUGUGCAUGUUGCGCUAGAUCUCAUUCACUAACAGAAAUACACCAUGUGGAACCAAACCUGCAAAAAUAUUAGGACAUAAUCUGUGGAUUAUAAUCACGAUGUUCCCUUAGGGGCAGAUGUGGCUUGGAGUAUUACCAGCUCAUUUGACCAUCAUUGCUUUAUCGAAUUUUAUCUAUUUUUUUCUCAACUGGCUAAUUUGUUUUAAUUAGUUCACUAAACAAUGAGUUAAAAAAAAAAAAAUCCCAUCAUUAUUUUGGCAUAUUGUUUGAGACUCCGUUGAAUUGUUACCUCACUAAAGCUCAUAGUGUUUUAGACCUGUGCACAAAUCGUUUCUGCCUGUGACGAACAAAUAGUACUCCUGGUAACGCCCCAAAUGAAUUGAUCCGUUCACGUAAAUUCCGGACGGAUCGAUUAGUUCGGGUAUAGAUUAACAGGAAUUUGAUUUGUUUGUCGCAAGUGAAAAGGGUUUACUGCUUAUCGACUAAAUCUCUAACCCAAGUACUGUGAUUGCAACCCCCUUUGCCACACCGGCUGCCAUGGACUACAAUUCCCAUGAUUCUUAUACAACAGAGUAUGAAAUGAAAGGCUGGCUAAGCAUCUUAGGAAAUAUAAUUCACAAACGUGUAAAGAUCAGCCAUAAAUGAUCAAGGUGAUUAGUUAUGUCUGUAGUUAUUAGACAUGCUCGCUGAUAUUUCUCUCUGAAUUGUGACCUGUUAACUCUUUAAAAGGCUUCUAGUGGGAGCUGCCUGCUUUAAUGUGUUAUGGCCAAACCAUUUAUCACUGACAAAUCAGUGGUUUUCUCUGAAUCAUUUAUAGAAUCUUACAUCAUCUGAUGUAAAUAAUAGUGAUGCAUUAUUUUGUUUUGAAAGAACGCCCAAAAAGAACUCUUUGCCUUCCUGCUUCCAUUAAUUGCACACAAUUAUAUGAACUGGAGUAAUAGUAGACAGGCUGGUUUUUCAUCCUGUAAUAUCUUGGGUGAGUUUUGAUUUAAGAUGCUGCAUCAUACCUAGUCAUUAUUAUGUGCAUCUGGAUCUGUAAUCUUUUAUAUGAUAAUUUUAUAACACGCAAAAAAAUCUUCAAACCUUCAGAUCAUCCUCUCUGUAAGAUGAUCAAAACGCCAAUUAAACUGUCAGAAUGUUUGAGAAAUACUCACAAUAAAAUUAGCUUAGGAAUAUAAUGAAUACAUAAUUAUGGAAAUGAUAAAUGUCUUUUUUAUCCUGUUUGCACUAAAGAAACAAAACAAAAACGUAAGCUUAAAAGGGUUGGCAUAGGUGUAACUAAGUGUCUAAUUUAAGAAUGUAUGCCUGAUUUCACUUUUUAUUUAGACCAGGCUUCCCCAAACUCCGGCCCUCCAGAUGUUGCUGAACUACAACUCCCUUUAAUUCUAUGAAUGAAAUAGAUAGGCUGAGAAUCAUGGGAGUUGUAGUUCAGCAACAUCUGGAGGCCCGGAGUUUGGGGAAGCCUGAUUUAGACCGAUAGCUUUAAGUGACUUUAAACUAUAUUUCUCCCAAGGUUCAGUCAGUAUUAUUCCAUAUCACAAUACCACCAACCCUCCAACCACACAGACACACUCACUCUGAGCCAGCCACAACAAUUCCACAAAAGUAGAAAAAAAAACAGAAUGGGUCUGCCACUGUUUAAAGUGAUAGAGCACUCCUUAAGUGACGUAUUAUUUUUUUCUUCUUUCAGGGGUUGUUAGCGGUUUUAACAAAACUACAGGAUUCUAAAAACCUUGGUUUUAAGUACCAUAUUUAAUUUAUUCAAAAUCCGGUGACACGCAUAUACACACACACUUAGACACAUAGAUGCUCAGUCAGCCUGAUGUCCUAUUCAAUAAAAUGUCAGACAUCACACACACUUGCAGGUUUGUUUGCUAAAUUGGGAAUAGUCGUUACUUUGACAAGGAAUUUUGUGCUUAAAAUAGUCAAGCUGGCUGUUGGGAAAAAUAGCAAAGUUGGGGAUUUUAAGUUUUAUGUAAAAUGUUACAUUUCCUGGUAAAUUCCCAUCCUCUACCAGUUUAGUGAAAAACCCGAAACAAUUUUUAUUUUAUAAUAUCUUUUUUUGUGGUAUAAUUACAUACUGAUCACCAGUUUUAUAUAAACAGUUUUAUGCAAGAUUACUGCUGUUACAUAUUACCUAACAGAUGACCUGACACAUCCCUGUGUCUCUUGUGUUAUUUGUACAAUGACUAAAGAAAGAGAAUAGAUCCUGGAAAAUUAAAAUGACAUUUCAUUUUAAUGAGUCAUAUAUUUGGAUCCCACUUUGCUGAACACGCAGGUUAUAAGGGGUAAAUUCCACCAUCACAGUCAAAUAUUAACAUCAGGGAAGAGAUCCACACCAUAGUUAUAUACCGCCCCCUAGUGUCCAGGAAACAACUCUACCAUCUCACCUGUGUCUGUAUAUUCCCUUUAACAUGAAACCAUACAAAUCUACAUUACUUCACAUUUUUAUCAAUAAAUAUUUAUUUAGGGUUUUGGAAUAAUUAAAAAAAAAAUUCUCACAAUCACAAUUCCAAGUCAGCUAUCUUUUUGGCUCAGUUAUCUCGUGAAAUUCACUUUGAAUUCAAUUUAAAUAUGCCUGACAAUUCAUACUUAACGAAAGCAAGAAUUGCAAGAUUUAACAGUUUCGGUUUCCUGCAAGAUGUAUUUUUUUUUAUCAUUUAACUUUUCCCCCAUACAUCAUUGUAUUUAGUAAAUAGUUCUGUAAAGUAACUUGGUAUUUCGAAUUAAAGGACAAUUGUCAUCCUAAGCUAUUUUUUUUUUUUAAUGUAAUGAUCCUUUCAUUAAGUAUUGAAAGUAUACAGAUUUGUUUUUAAAUGAAGUAUAUGUAAAAAACAAAAAAAAUUAGAAAAGCUCUUCCCGAUCUUUAUUAUAUGACAAGAUCCUUCAGCCAUAUACAUGCACGUUAGGUCGGACAUUUUUAGUCUUUUUUGUCUCCUCUGCUUCACUCCCUGCACAGAAGUAGGGAAGACCAUGGAAGUAUAAUACAUUUACAAAUAUGAGGCAAUGGGAACCCUGAUCUUCAUAUUGCAUAUAGUCUAAACAUAUAUUGGAAUGUGUUCCUAUUUUGUAGGAAAUCUGUUUUUUAAUGAUUUUUUUAUGGAAUAAUAAUUUUGCUUAUAAUAUUUAAACUUUUAAUGCCCCAAAGAUGUAUGAAAUGCACUGAUAAACUGAACAAUACAACUUUUUAUUUUGCUUAUAUUGUCAAUGUUUUACAAUAUUCUACUUUGGAAUCCUACAUCUAAUAUGUGUUCUUGUCAUCUUCCAGAAACCCCCAUCAAAAGGCAUGGAUUGGGGAUCUCUUUAUGAAGUGAUUGGAGGAGUUAACAAACAUUCCACAAGUAUUGGCAAAAUAUGGCUCUCUGUUCUCUUUAUAUUCCGCAUUAUGAUACUGGUGGUGGCUGCUGAAAGUGUUUGGGGAGAUGAACAAUCUGAUUUCACCUGCAACACCUUACAGCCUGGCUGCAAAAAUGUCUGCUAUGACCAUCACUUCCCAGUCUCUCACAUCAGGCUCUGGUGCCUUCAGCUUAUUUUUGUUGCCACGCCAGCCCUUUUAGUAGCAAUGCAUGUGGCUUAUAUUAAACAUGAAGAGAAAAGGAAGUUGCAAAGGAAAGGAAACUGUCAGGAAAAGGACCUGGAAGAUAUAAAGAAUAGAAAAAUGAGGAUAGUUGGAACCCUGUGGUGGACCUACACCACGAGCAUUCUCUUCAGAAUCCUUUUUGAAGCUACUUUUAUGUAUUUAUUCUACUUUUUGUACACUGGAUUCCAUAUGCAGCGUCUUGUGAAGUGUGACAACUGGCCUUGUCCCAAUGUGGUUGACUGUUUUAUUUCCAGGCCCACCGAAAAGACAGUAUUUACUAUCUUCAUGAUCAUAGUGUCUGGUAUCUGCAUGGUUCUGAAUGUUGCGGAAUUGUGCUAUCUGAUCAUCCAGGCAUUUAUGAGAAGAUCAAGGAAAAGGGCAAAGCAAUUGAGAGCCAUCAUGGGAACUGAAGAAGAGCAAAAUAAAAUAAAUGACAAGAAAUUGGCUCACGCAGAAUGAAUUUUGUACCGUGGCUGCCAUUCAUCAAACUAGAAUAUUCUUCGAAGAAUGUAUUUUUUUUUUCAUUUGUAUAGUGUUGAUUACACAGAAGGCACAUUAACGACUGAAAUGUGUAACCCUUCUGUGCCAUGCUACUUUAGAUUAAGAUGAGCUUGAUACCAUUUGAGAGGUUCUACAGGAAGCAGUGGGGUUUUUCGAGAUGUUCUCAAGAGUUUUCUCAAGAGGAAUUAUACACUGUAAAAGUAUUUGGGGAACUUUUUAUAAAAUUUGUAGUGGGACUUACUUGACUGAGGUUUUUUUUAUGAGUUAUGUUUUAUUAUUUAUGUUCUAGAAGAUAUUUUAAUAGGGAAAUGAAUUGUUAAAACUUGUAAUUAAAAAUGUAGUGAUAUUAUUUGAAUGAAAACACUGCCAAUUUUAGUAUGGGUGGAACUGAGAUAUGUGCAAUUAAAUGGAUAGGGGUUGAAUAUGACGUGUAUGAAGUUACAUGAAGUAUUCACAAUGUCUUCCUUAGAUUAUGUUAUGAGAGAAAUAUACCUGGAGAUGAACAAUGUGCUGAUGAAUAAGCUCAUGAGAAAUGCAUACAUGUCAAUUUUUUGUUUCACUUGAAGAGGAAGACAGAUAUUUUCCCCUACAGGGGCUGGACAAAUGUUCUGAUGGACAAACACAUUUAUUGUAUUGACUUAAAGAAGUAUAUAUCUUCAUGGACAAAGGCUAUGGCUGGUCAGAUAAGAAUUGUCAUGUGUUGAAAAUAUUUGACCUUUUCAGGUUUGGGAAAAAUAUGUUUAUAGGCAAAGACUCAGGCUGCUUAUCUGCCAGUCGUCGUAGCCAUCUGCCAAACCCAGAGCUUUCAGAUCAAACUUGGCAAAAUUUUCACGUGCACAGUUUUUAAUCUCCAACGUUCCAUGUAUGAUCAAAUCUAUGACUAAGUGGAGGCUCUCACAUUUGUCAGAGAUAAUUAUAGAGGAUUUCGAAUAAAACCACAGGAAAUAACAAAUACUAGCCAAAGCAUGCAAAAGCCUCGAUUUAAUAAACUUUCAAAAUGAAUCGGCACUGCUAGAAAAAUUUCCUAGUAAUUUAUCUACAGAAGUCACCAUUAAAAUCUAUGGCCUCCAUUUUUAAUUGUUGGGUAAGCUUUUCGAAGGAUUUAAUAUUUUUUUGAUAACCUUUUUUUUAUAUUUACAUAUAAAAAUAUAUCAUACAUGAAAAAAACAUAAUUAUACCAAAAAAAAUCAAAAUAUUGCAAAAUUAAAAUAUGUUUUUAUAAUAUUAAAUAAUUUUAAAAGUUUAUCCAAAAAUAUUAAACUGAGGCCUACAGAAUUUUUUUAAAUAAAUCAUUUGGAUAUAUAACAGUAUUGAAUCAUGUAGAAACCUUCUUAAAAUGAGGCCAAAGUGUUUGCACAAACCCCACAUUGCAACUAAUUCUAAUACUGAAUAAUGCAGCUUGAAUUGUUUUUGUAGCAAGUAGCAAAUGGAAUUCAACUAUGACACUGCCUUAAAAGCAAGACUAUGAACACUAUCUAACACUAUAUGAAGAAAUACUAUGGAACAUUCACAUGUUUGUGAAUACCUGUGUCAUAACAAAAUUCUAGACAUUUAAAGACACAUUGCUGUUUUAAACAAGCUGACGGGGGACGAUUUUCCAUUUGCACAAUUUAAUUCCUCUUCUAUCUUACAAUGUUGCUCUGCUAAGCGCAUGCUCAAUGGCCAGAAAAACAGCAAUAUUAUCUAUAGAUAUGUCAGACAGAGCACAUGUGUGUGUUUGUGUAUAUACAUACAUGCAUAUAGUAUAUACACACACAAAAAAGGUAAGCAAUAUUUUAGACUUGAAACUCAAUCUCCUAUAUGUUUCUUUAUGUAAGUAUUUAGAUUUUCUGAAAAGAAAGGGGUGGAGAUGGUUGAAAUGAGAGUACUGUACACACUGUCUUCCAUGCCUUCAUCCUCAGUAGACCACUGCAUUGUAGGUUUGUCUGUUUUUAUUGUGUGUCUGUUUUCUUUUCUUUUUUUCAUAUGUUUUAGGCAGGGUGUGUAGGCUUACAGUUUAUUGAUAUCAAAACAAAUGACUGUUUUUUUGUAUUUAGGCUCCAAAAGAAGUAAAUGCAUUUAAGACUAUAUAGAAAAUGAUGAGCAAUUAGAUUAGCCUAACCAGAAGGCUGAGAUUAAAACUGUAUUUAUGAUAAUAGGUCACAAGGUGGAGCUGUUCAUAUACAAAAUGUCAAUGUGAAGACACAUCAUUUUUGUAUGUUUUCAUUGAAAUAAAUAAAUAUUUUACUAACUUU